AUGCAGUGGAGAGAGAGCGCCAACUACGUUGGCCGGUACCAAGUGCUCUACAACGCCGGCGUCGUCGACCCGGCCCCGCUCACGCUGCCGCCGCCACCCACCGUGGUCCAGCGGCUCUCGGCGCUCAGCCUGCGCUGGGCGUCGUUGCCGUCGCUUCUGCAGCGCGCACUUAUCUGGGACGCUGGGUUCGUCCUUGGCUUUGCCGAUGGCGCGGACACGUACGUACAAGUCUACACCAACUGCACGAGCGAUCGCAGUGGCGUGCCCAUGGGCGACAUUGCCGUCAACUUUGCCACCUUCCUCAACGGCCACGUGCCGCUCAACAACCGCACCGA